ACCCGAAAACAGACCCAAACGCCAGUCCACUGACCGAUGCAGCUAGCAAUGGGCACGGACAAACUUCCAGAACUGCAACCGGACAGCCGAGGAGCGCAGCAUCAGGACCAAGACGAGCAGCUGACUCUGCCGCGAAGCGUCACCACGGUGACGCAAGAAGAGCUGAGCCAGUUCGUCCACACGAAACGCGUCGGCAACUACCUGCUCGGCCGCACAAUCGGAGAGGGCGCGUUUGCCAAAGUCAAAGAAGGACUACACGUGCUGACCGGCGAGAAGGUUGCUGUAAAAGUCAUUGACAAGCGGAAGACUCGCGAUGAUGUCUACGUCACUAAGAAUCUUCGGAGAGAAGCGAAGCUGCUCCAGAUGGUCCGCCAGGACAACAUCAUUCAGCUGCUCGAGGUCGUCGAGACGGACAACAGCUACUAUCUCGUCACCGAGCUGUGCGCCGGUGGCGAACUGAUGGAUCACAUCUGCAAGCAUCAGCACCUCCGAGAGGACGAGGUGAGAAAGUACGUGAGACAAAUUGUGCACGCAAUCCACCAUCUCCAUCAGGCUGGGAUCAUACACCGUGAUCUAAAGGUCGAGAACCUGCUACUGGAUGAAUCCAUGAAUCUAAAGAUAAUAGAUUUCGGCCUCAGCAAUGUGUACGGCAAGCCGAGUCUCGCCAACGGAACCAUAGUGCCGACCGACCAUUGUCACACGCAGUGCGGAUCACCGGCCUACGCCGCACCAGAACUACUCGGUCACAAGAACUACGGACCAGAAGUCGACGUGUGGAGCAUUGGCAUCAACAUGUACGCCAUGUUGACCGGCUCGUUGCCCUACACCGUCGAGCCGUUCAAUCUGUCUGUAUUGCACGCCAAGAUGUUGGACAACAAAAUGAAUCCGAUACCGAGCAGAAUAUCGGCCAGUUGUAGAGAUCUCCUCUUGAAGUUGCUCAUACCGAAACCAGAAGAGAGGAUACCGCUAGCCGACGUCUUCCAGCAUCCUUGGCUGAACGAAGAUCUAGACGCGCCGUUCACGCCGUGUGACUAUCCAAACUUGCCGACUAAAAGAAAUGUCAACAAAUGCAUUCUUCACUACAUGACGGAGACGUUACGCUUUACUGAAGACGAGACCGUCGCUGCAAUUGUGAGUAACAGGGCUGUUAGAUCGACGGCCGUCUAUCAUCUCCUGCUCAAGAGGCUCCAGCGUCAUGAGAAGACACAUAGCAAGUGUAAAGAAUUCGUCUUCCAGCGGCCGCAAACGCAACAAGCACAAAAAAUGAAAAGGAAAACCAGCGAGCAGCAGCCUCCAGAGCGGAAAAUAAGCAAAGACACGAAACACGAGACCAAGCCGUCGACAGCUGGAAGACGUAAGCGCUACGUAUCACAAGGAGAAACGAGUCCCACCAACCCAGUAACAAUGGACAAGCUCAUCUUCCCAACACGAUCUCGUCGCCAGUCAGCGCCAGUGACCCCCACACUACCAGAUGAAAAACCGUUCGUGUUCAGUGACACCUAUCCUGCUUCGGUCGGCAAUUCGCCUGUUCCAUCUCGACCGCCGUCUCCUCCACCCUCUGUCACACAGCUACCGCAGGCCGGAACCAGGGAUCGAGAAAGAGCCCCAUCCGGGAACUCAAGACCGAAGACCCUCCGACGGGUUCAGACGGCAGCAGGAGACUUACGACGAGAAGAUAUAGCGGAGAAGAAAAUCACACCACCAAAGAGUGAUCACAAAUCAUCGACUCUGCCUCAUCCCAGAAGACUGAUAUCUCAGGGCAUAGACAAAAUACCAAAUUUCGACUCCGAUUUUACGUCUCACGACGAUAAACUGUUCGAAACGAGAAGGCCGAGAACCCAAAGCGACACGUACGCACGAUUUAGACAUUCGUUGAGGCGUAACGACACUUUUCACAAUGACUACCGUCGAGACACCAAAUCCCCACGACAACGUCGACCUCUGUCUCUCACUAUCGAACCCCAAACGACACACUAUCAACCCAACCGAAUGGGAUCGUUCAACAUCGCAAAUCGCGCCAUAAAAACAAACACCUUCUUCCACGACAAUUCCGAUCUCAGCUCACCCGUCGAUCUGCCCGCCAUAUCACCGCCCAGCGUACCCACCACUAGCAAAAGCCACAAAUCCCACACAAACAAGUCAUUCUACGAGACGUCCGUCAGUGAACGAAACGGCUUGCCGUGGAGAUUUUCACGUCGAGGCAGUGAUGAUAGUCUACCGUCUCUAAGCGACGGCGUCCAGCGUAUGGGUGACGUUCAGGAGGAGUCCCUCCCCCAGGCAGCCGCCGUCAGUGAGGUCAUCCGGGUACUCGAAACCCUAGGGAUCGAUGACCUAGAGCAGAAAGGAUCAUCGAUCAUCUUGGCGAGGUGGGGAGGUGUGAUCUUCGAAACUCAGAUAACACAAACAAAUAGGAAUGGUCAUCAUAACCUAAAAUUCUCACGUCUUAGUGGAGGAGACCAGCAGAGAUACAAGGAGAUAUGUGACCGAGUUAAAGAAGCAAUCAGGGAAGCAAACUCUCAUCCCACUCUAUACUGAUCAAAUUGCACAUAUUUUUGUAUGUAUCAUGCUUCCGUGAUAUGGGCGUAUCUAUUCAGAACCAGUCAACGAUAGCAGCGCUAUCUCAAAACUAGUACUGUAGCGUACAUAAGGACUAUUCAGACAUAAUAUUUAUUUAUGAGUUACUGAGUUGUACAAAGACGAAAAUGAGCGUCAACAACCGCGUG